UGACUGGGUGUUCUCUGGUAGCCUGUGUCGUAGAGGUGAUUGCAUCCCUAGACUGUAACGUAGACUGGCUCGAGAGAGUGUGGCUUUUCUUAGACUGUAGCUCGGAUAUGUGCCACGAUACAGUGCUUUUGUCUGCCUGUAGCAACGUAGUUGUGUUGUUCAACGAGCCCUUAACCUGUAGUGUAGACGUGUGUCGGUGUAUGGUUUCCUUAGGCAGCAUUAAUCUGAACACAACGCGAGCCAGAAGUGGCUUUUGGGUGCUGACAGGAGCUACCUGUGCCACCUGCCACAGGGACAUCCGGUGCCGCGGUAGAACGGGGGAGGAAAACGGAGCCAGAACGGGAAGGAAAAGUGUGUACAGAGAUAAAGGCUGAAGAAAAACAAAAUUAAUAGUGAAACAUUUUGAUUUGAGUUUUUUAGACGGCGAAACACCUAUCGCACGAUAGGGUCGAGUAAGGGCACCCUGGAGAGGUCACGUGACUCGCCCUCGACCCACCACCACCUCGGCCUCGAGGACGACCCUCUGGACGACCCGAGGCUGAGCGUGGCGGCGUUGCGGCCCCGCUCUUGGUCGGGUGGCGAGGCUGGGAUGACCUCCGGGCCCAGGCAGGAGGACGAGAGCGAAGGCGAAGGUGAGUCGUCCCCCUCCCUUUCCUUCGGCGUCCGGAGGUCGCUAAGGGCGCUUUUUGGCUCCCUCGGAAAGGGCAGGGGGCGUCAGCGGAAGUCAGCGCCAGAGACGCGAUGGGCCGGAGACCCGCGGGACGGGCGGAAACCAAAGCCGAGCGAGAGACCGCGGAGUCAGUUCUACGUCGAGCUUCCCAGCGACACGACCUGCGACUCGUCCGCUCCGAACCCGCAGCCUGUCAUCGUCGUUUCGCCCGCGCGCGCCCAGACUCUCCCCGCCGGCCUCUCGCCUUCGUCCAUGCUGUGCCUGCCGCCCGUGGCCACGCGCCCGCCGCCCCUGCCGUCCGUGGGGUCCCACCGCUACCGCUUCACCCUCCCUCCCUCGCCACACGCCAGAUUGGGUGACGGGGAACCAGGAGGUGAAGGCCGCACAUGCGCACCAGGUCAGGACCUCACGCAAGGUCAUGAGAGGCGCGGCAGAAGGCCGCUCAGGCAGCUGGGCGUUUUAGUCAUACCUGAGUCACUCACGGAGACGCCGGCCUACAGGCGGAGGCUCGGACUCGCCGACCAGGACUUUCCUCUUCCGAGAAGCUCCUGCGAUUCCGCCAUGGGAGGCGAAAUGUCCAAAGGAGAGGAAGAAGAGGAAGAGGAAAUAAGUGAACACACAGUGACCGCUCCUGUUCACCACAGAUAUAUGAACGUGGUGUCAGAACUAAAUCAGGUUGUGCUAAAAUCGCUCAGUUUACGGAGAUCGCAGGGAGGAGAUGAAGAACGCUUAUUUAGAGCAAGUGUUUGUGACAGUGAUAGUGAUAGUGAUAACAGAAGUACUGAUAGUGACAGUGAUGGUGCAUAUGUGACAGCUGACAGUAGCGGAAUAGAUGUGAAUGGCCUCAGUGAUGUUUGGAAAGAUAGUGUUAAUGGUGAAGAAGUGAUGGUGACCGAUGGAAAGAGAGACGUAAGGGAUGGUGUAGUAAGAGGGAAAGGAGGCAUGACACCCGAGAUGGUGAGUGAGAGGAAGGAUCAGGCCCGUGUGAUUCCCGUUCUGUGCCGCGACCCCCCCGCAGGGCUCCCCGUGGGCGUGGAAGGCGGCGACCCUGACACUCCUCGCCGCGUGGGUUGCGCCCCGCCCGCCACCCCGUGUGUUAGUGUUAGUGCUAGUGAGAGUGAGCAUGAGGACACCCCGUCCCGCCCCCUCCACCCCUACCCCGACUCAUCCCCCGCAUGGUUUGACCCCAACGCCCCCACCGGAGUGCCGAGUGCCACUAACCCUGACCCAGGCAGCAGCCGAGACGUCUCUCCGGCUCCUGCCUCGGCGUCCUCCUCCACCACGGAGAGCCGAGAUAGGAAGGUCUUCCUCAUCGCCCAGGAGGUCAUGACUUCGGAGCGGGUGUUCGUGGACGUCCUCAGGCUCCUCAACGUCGAUUUCCGUAAUUUUGUCUUAGGUUUAAGCAAAGAUGGGAAGGGGGAGGAGCUGCGCGCCGCCCCCGCCGUGGCUUGCAUUCCAGAGUCCGAACUCAAUAAAAUACUCAACUACCUGCCGCAAUUACAGAAUCUGAAUGAGGAGAUCCUGAGCGACCUGGAGGCCCGCAUCACAGGCUGGGAAAGACAUUGCAAGAUCUCCGACGUCCUGGUGAGGAAGGGCCCCUUCCUCAAACUCUACUCGGCCUACAUCAAGGAGUUCCAGCAGCAGUGCGACUACCUGGACGAGUGCUGCGCCAAGUACCCUCUCUUCGCCCGCGCCCUCAAGGACUUCGAGGCGUCGGAGCGCUGCGCCAAGCUCAGCCUCAAACACUACAUGCUGAAACCCGUGCAAAGAAUCCCCCAGUACCGACUCCUUCUGGAGGACUACCUCAAGAAGCUCCCCGAGGACGGCGAGGACUAUGUGGACACGCAGACCGCCCUCGCCGUCGUGGCCAACGUCGCCGCCCACGCCAACGACGCCAUGAAGCAGGGGACAGUACUAGGGUAUGAAGAUAAGAAUAUGCAGGGAGCUUCGUACGAGCUGGUCCGGCCCGGCCGCUACCUGCUGAAGGAGGGCGAACUCAUGAAGUUGUGUCGGAGAGGCAUGCAGCCGCGCUACUUCAUCCUGCUAUCUGAUGUGCUACUUUACACGAGCCCCAUGACAAGCGGCCCUCAUGGUGCCCUUCGCCUCAACUACGAGCUUCCUCUGGAGGGCAUGAGAGUGGACACCCCAAAGGCAGAGGACUUCAAGAAUGAGUUCAGUGUCAUUUCCACCUCGCGCUCCUUCACGCUGCAAGCCAGCACUGCAGAGGAGCGAGAUGAGUGGAUCAAAGCAUUACGUGAGGCUAUAGAGGACAAUGCCUCACGUCGCUCAACGUUCCUGCAAGCAAAGAUGCCUACUUACCAACAGCCAGCCACCUCUACCCUGGGCAAACAGGCUCCUGUCUGGAUCCCCGACUAUAGAGUGACAAUGUGCCAGCAAUGCACAGCUGAGUUCACCCUCACUUUCCGCAGACACCACUGCCGUGCUUGUGGGAAGGUUGUGUGUGAUCACUGUUCCUCCAACCGAGCUCCACUCCAGUACAAGAGAAACCAGGUGGCUCGUGUGUGUGACACCUGCUUCGAAGUCCUGCAGAAGGACUUUGAGAGCAAGUAUGAGGGCUCAAUGAGUCUUGAAGACACACAGGAGGCAAGGAUAAGGAGAGUGUCGAGUCUCAAGGCUCAGUUUAAGAGGGGAAUUCGAGAUAGCAACCGGAACAAGACCAGGAAGAAGGUGCCUGAAAGGCUGAUGGAGGUGUGUGCAAGUGACGAGGCUUCUCAGAUGUGCGGUUACCUUAGGAUGAUGGUCAGGAGGUCAUGGCGAAGAGGCUGGUUUGUCCUUAAAGACAGAGUUCUGUACGAGUAUAGAGCACCAGAAGAUGUGUGUGCAUUGCAGAGCUUCCCUGUCUUAGGGUAUGCAGUGGAAACGACACAGGAUCGAGAGAUGACGGAAGGAAUCGAUGCUUGUUUAGUCUUCCAGCUGACACACUGCAACCAGCCUCCCCUCGUCUUCCAAGCUGACACUCCGCACUUAGCCGAGAAGUGGAUAGGAGCGAUGAGGGAAGCUGUUGUCCUGACCUGAGACCCCAUCCAAGGUCAACCUGGUCUGAAAGUAGGUCUCUUUGCCUGCAUCUACAGCAACAUGGAGGCUAACGAACAUCACAUCCUGAGAAAGAAACUUAUUCAUUCUUUUUCCAUAUCACUCACUGGAAGUGUGGAAGAGAUGUGAAGAGAACAAACUGUGAACAGGCCUCCAUGAAAAGUGAAGUUGUGUAGAAGGAAAUGAGAAGUUCCCUGUGGCAUAUGUGAUGAGUGAAGCCAAAGGGGAUUGUGUACAAGAGGGUGACCUUUUUCCAGCAUGGAUGAGGCUUUUGAGGCAGUAGUGUAGAGGCUACUCAAGAAGAGAGAAAAAGAGUAAUGACAAUUGAAUCCAAGUGCUGAAGUAGAGCAAAUAACAAACACAAAAGUCUUAUGUCUUUCCAAGUCUGUGAUGAAAAUCUGUUACAACGAUGUUAUAUGUAUUGUUGAGAUGUUUUAUUAUAUAUAAAAUUCGGUCAGUAUUUUGUGCAUAGUCUUCACUCCCUACUUAUUUUUCUCUGUACAAUAUUGACAAAUCAGGAUUGUUAUUGAAUUUGCAUAUGUUUUAACUUUUUAUUUUUACCCCAAGUCUCUCACUAGGAGUGUUUUAUUAGGAGCGUGGUCUGUUUUAACCCUAUGAAUCAUCAGUCAUUAUCAAAGCUCAAGUUUGUAUAUGGCAGUAUCCUGUAUCUGUAAUGUGUCUUACAUUACAUUAGCCAUGUUCCCUUCUACCUGUCAGUCUACUUUCUAAUUACCUACUGUCUGUCUUUCUGUCUAUAUGAUUAUCUCUAUUACAUUUUCUUGAAUCUGGUAUUAUUUAUUUUAUUCUGUCUAUGGUUGCUCCAUAUAUUAUCAUCGUAAUUAUCCAUCAUUCAGAUGUUUACACAAGAGAUCUAAUAAACUUUU